AGGCGUGUUCACUGUCAAUUCUCUCUCGCGGUUCUCAUGGACAAACACAUUUGAACGCUUUCUCACAGUCGGAGGUUGUUCCGGCUCACUUCUCACUUAAUUCAGUUGUUUUACUAUCUUUCUCGAUCUUACUCUCGGCGUCUGUUUUAAGGACAAGAAAGAAGCGCUUAUCGCGGACUGCAGUUGCCAAAAAAGUGUUAUUAAAAGGCUGUUGCGAUGUCAGACUCAGACGACCGAGAGCUGAGGCCUGUUGACUUCAUCCAGCUUCAGCAGUACAUUGACUACUGCAGUUUGAAAGUAAAAGAUGUGUUAAAGGAGUUCAAUGCAGACGGCAGGUUAGCCAAGUACAGACAUGGAGAGUGCAUCGAUGAAGAAGGUUUUCGGCUCUUCCUGAAGACAUAUUUGGAAGAGGAUGACUUCCCAUCAGACCUGUGCCAGCGUCUCUUCAGGUCCUUCCAGAACUCAGAGUCGGCUAAAUCAGAUAGUAACCGGGAAGUCUUUUUGAAGGAUGUGUCCUGUUAUUUCUCUCUUCUGGAAGAUGGGCAGCCCAGGGACAAACUUGAAUUUGCCUUUAGACUUUAUGACAGAGAUGGCAAUGGAGUGCUUGACAGUUCGGAAGUGGACCGCAUUAUUGCCCAGAUGAUGCACGCAGCAAACUACCUCGGUUGGGAUGUGUCUGAACUGCAGCCUGUACUGAAAGAUAUGAUGACAGCUAUUGAUGCGGACAGCAGUGGAACCGUGUCCUUACAGGAAUGGGUGGAGGGAGGCAUGAAUAACGUCCCACUGCUGGUUUUACUGGGACUGCAGAUGACCCAAAAAGAUGGCCAGCAUUUAUGGAGGAUGAAGCAUUUUAACAGGCCUGCGUAUUGUAAUGUCUGUCAAAAUAUGCUGCUGGGUCUGCGCAAACAGGGUCUCUGCUGCACCUGCUGUAAAUACACAGUACAUGGCCGGUGUGCCAAUAAGAACCCAGCUCCAUGCAGUCGCACAUACGUGAUGUCCAAGAAAGAGACAGGGACUGCAACUCAUGACUGGGUGACUGGAAACUGUGAUUCUGGGAAGUGCGACAAGUGUCAAAAGAAAAUAAAGCACGGGCUUACUGGAAAGCGCUGCGUUUGGUGUCAUACCCUGAGACAUGAUGAGUGUGCAACUCAGGAACCCUUUGAAUGUGAUUGUGGGCCUUUUAGGGACCAUGUUUUACCCCCAUGGGCCAUCUAUCCCAUCAUCAAGGAGAGACUGAACACCAUUAGGAAUGGAUGCUCGUUUGCAAGUGAUGACAGUGAGCACAACACUACACCUGAAGGACAGAUAUUACAGAUAAACCCGAUUCCUAAGACUCAUCCACUGUUGGUGUUUGUGAACCCGAAAAGUGGUGGGAAACAGGGGGAAAGAGUCCUUCGAAAAUUUCAAUUCCUGUUAAAUCCUCGGCAAGUUUAUAAUCUUUCCAGUGGCGGACCGGGACCAGGAUUGCAUUUCUUCAAAGAUCUGCAGGACUAUAGAAUAUUAGUCUGUGGAGGUGAUGGCACAGUGGGCUGGAUUCUUGAUGCCAUAGAUAAAGCCAACCUGCCAGUGCGCCCUCCAGUGGCUGUGCUUCCUCUUGGCACAGGAAAUGAUCUCGCCCGCUGUCUGCGAUGGGGCGGAGGUUAUGAUGGCGUGGAUCUGGGUCGAAUCCUAAAAGACAUUGAGGCGAGUUCUGAGGUCAAGAUGGAUCGAUGGAGCAUACAGGUGAUUCUUGAGGACAGUAAGGAGAGAGGUGACCCGGUGCCUUAUGAAAUCAUCAACAAUUAUUUCUCCAUCGGAGUGGAUGCAUCUAUUGCUCAUCGCUUUCACACUAUGAGAGAGAAACAUCCUCAGAAGUUUAACAGCAGAAUGAAGAACAAACUGUGGUACUUUGAAUUUGCCACUUCUGAGACCAUCUCAGCAUCAUGUAAAAAACUGAAGGAGUGUAUAACCAUAGAGUGUUGUGGGACACAGUUAGAUCUCAGUAGUCUUUCCCUGGAGGGGAUCGCUGUCCUCAACAUUCCCAGCAUGCAUGGCGGGUCCAACUUGUGGGGCGAAGCCAAAAAGAGUGACAAAGUAGAACAAAAUAUGCCUGAGGUGAUACUGGACCCUGAACUACUAAAAGUGAGCCCGCAAGAUAUAAGUGAUAAGCGAUUGGAGUUGGUGGGUUUGGAAGGAGCUAUGGAAAUGGGACAGAUAUACACGGGUCUGAAGAGCGCAGUUCGACUUGCAAAAACAUCUCAGAUUACCAUCAGGACAAAGAAACCCCUGCCUAUGCAGAUUGACGGAGAGCCGUGGAUGCAGCCACCUUGUACUAUUCAUAUCACACAUAAAAACCAAGCCAAUAUGCUGAUGGGGCCUCAAGCCAAAUCCACUGGCUUUUUCAACCUGAAAUAGAGUUUACCCCUGCCUGUUCAAUGCUACUGAUGAUCCAGUUUGCUUAAAACAAUCUUUGUAUUACCAGGUUAAUGUCUACUUUUAAGCCAAUGUGUCUGAUUUUAUCUUUGCAACAAAUAAGGUUUAAGUUUUUAUUGAAUCCCUUGUAUGUUUUUAGGGGAUAAUCCUUAUAUGCAGUUGCAAUUUCAAACAAAUCUCUUCACGAGCCCAUCCUCAGAUCAGCUGUGCAUCAAACUGUACUUAUUUUAAAAUGUAGUUUUCAUGCAAUCUUUAUCUUGCUGUGACAUACAUAUUGCACAGGUCAUUCCAGAUAAAUACUGUACAUUGGAUUAAUUGUUUUGAGGUAUUGUACAUACAGUAUAUGGAUGCAUGUUGCUAAGGUUUGAUGUCCAAUCGAUUCAAUAGCAUUGCUGUAUACUGUAGGUGAUCUAACAAAUAUUGCUAUGAAGAUUUUGCACAGAAUUCUUUCCUUUUGUUUUUUUCUCUCUAAUUAUAACCUAAAUAUUCAUCAGUUACCAAUCAUUAUAUAUGUUAGGAUUAAUCUGAACUAAACAAGGUACCAAUGUGCUCUUUGCCAUAACAGCUAGCUUUAGUACACUGAAUUCAUUGAAUGUAAUUUAUUGGCUGUAUACACCAUAAAUAGCAGGUGUAAUGUUUAGAUAUAUUGAAAGAAAAUUAACUGUAUAAAAUCAAAUAAUUUUAUGAUAUUAUUGUAUUCAGAAUGGGUUGAGUCAGUUAGUUAAAACUGAUUCGUCAUCAUUUCAUACAGUUUCAAAGUGUGAUAGAUGAAACGGUCUAAUGUAUUUAGCAUAUGAAUGCUUCUUAAAUUUAGAUCAUUUCAAGGGCAAAAUUGUGGUUUUAGAUAGCACAUUGCACUCACUCCAUCUGUUUAUAUCAUUUAUUAGAUUGCUUGUACAGAAAGCUUAAGGCAGUGAUUCUCAAUUCUUAAAUAAAGGAGAAUUACAAAAUGUGCAGUGCUGUCUCUCAGGACCGGUGUUUAGCAUCACUGAUUUAAGUUACUCUUUAGGUUUUUCUUGAGAAUGUAAAAUUCUCAUUAUUUUUGUGAAUUUGUCUUAAUAAACAUUUCAAUAUUUAA